AAGAAAUGAGAAGAAAACAAAGAAGGGUAGUAAGAUUUGUUAAUAACGAGGCUCAUGGUUUUCACCUCACAGAUUCAUAUCAAAAGUUUGACUAUAAUGUCAAAGAGUAAUGUGAUUCGAGCUGUGUUAAUAGAUCUGAGUGGUACUUUGCACAUAGAAAAUCAGGCAAUACCAAAUUGUGUGGAAGCUUUGAAAAGGUUAUUACAAAAGAACCUCUAUGUGAAGUUCGUGACAAACACAACAAAAGAAAGCAAACGAGUUCUACAUGAGAGGCUAACGAACUUAGGAUUUGAAGUAGAUAAAGAUGACAUAAUAAGUUCUCUAGGUGCAGCAAGAUCUUUGAUAGUAAAACGAAACUUGAAUCCAAUGUUAAUGCUAUCUCCUGAAGCACUAGAAGACUUUGAAGGACUAUCUUGUGCAGAAAACGAAUCGCCAAAUGCCGUCGUUAUCGGACUGUGUCCAACAGAGUUUCAUUAUGAAAGACUAAAUGAAGCUUUUCGACAUUUGCAAGCUGGUGCACAACUCAUAGCCAUACAUGCUGGGAAAUAUUAUAAAAGAAAUGAUGGCUUAGCAUUGGGACCAGGAUGUUUUGUGAAAGGUUUAGAAUAUUCUGCACAGUGUAAUGCAGAAAUUAUUGGCAAACCUAACAAAACAUUCUUCCUCACUGCUUUAGGAAAUAUUCCUCCUGAAGAAGCAGUAAUGAUUGGAGAUGAUGUUACUGAUGAUAUACAAGGUGCAAUGAAUGCAGGUUUGAAGGGAUAUCUUGUACAAACUGGUAAAUACAAACCUGGAGAUGAAGACAAAAUAUCACCCCUUCCAACAGCAGUUUUGCCGUCAUUUGCUGAAGCUGUAGAAAAAAUUCUAUCGAUUACUUGAAUCAGUUAAGGAUGCUGCUUGUAUAGAAAAGUUUAUUUAGUAAACAACAACAAAUUGUAAAUAUAUCGUCAAAAAUAACGUCUACCUACUAAAUAUAUAAAAUUAAUAGACAUUUAAUAAAUAUGGUAGAUACAUAAUAUACUUGAGUAGUUUCGUUAUUUCACUCCGCUACCAGGUCUGAAAAAAAUAUUCAAAUAUAUUUUCACUGUAUCCAAUACUUUUAACAAUAUAUAAAU